CUAUGGGGUGGGGAGGCGGGGCUUGGACUUCCUUUUACCGCCUUCCUUUUGCGACAGCUGCCGGAAGUGAACGCCGGAAGUGUUCCGCGCAGAUUGCAGGAAGAAAGCAACCUCCCAGCGCAACCUUCCCUUCUUUCCCCAACGCCAUCUAGUAUAAUAAUAAUAGCAGUAAGAGCAACACUUGGAUGGCUGAUCAAGGUGUAGAGAAGUGUCAGGAGACACCAAAAGCUGAAGACUUGGUAGUGGACACUGAAGAGGAAGAGGCAGUGACUGACCAGAAGGAAGAAGGAAGUGAGGUUCAGUUGGAUCUCUCCACUGAAGAUGGUGCCAAAAAAGUUGUGCCAGGCAUAAUUUACCUUGGUCACAUCCCUCCUCGCUUCCGGCCGCGACACGUCCGUAACUUGCUUAGUGUGCAUGGUGAAGUAGGACGUAUUUUCCUGCAGCCUGAAGAGCGAUUUAUACGAAAGAAAAAAAAGAAAGCAGGUAGCAAUGCCAAGAACUUCACUGAAGGCUGGGUAGAAUUCAGGGAUAAGCGUGUGGCAAAGGUGGUAGCUGCCAGUUUGCACAAUACGCCCAUGGGUGUCCGCAAGAGGAGCCGAUUCCAUUAUGACCUCUGGAAUAUGAAGUAUCUGCACCGCUUCAAGUGGACUCACCUGAGCGAGCGACUGGCCUACGAGCGUCAGGUGCGGCAGCAGCGCAUGCGGGCCGAAGUUUCACUGGCCAAGCGUGAGACUAAUUUCUACCUGCAGAAUGUAGAGAAGAGCAAGCGCUUUUCUGAAAAGGGCAGUCGGGGAGGACAGGAGGAGAAGAGCUGGGGCUUUGUCCAGCGCCAGACUGAGGAGGAAAUCCAGACCAGCAAAGGGAACAAGCGCCUGAAGAAGCAGUUGGCCCGGGCUGCUGAGAUCCAGCAGAAAUCCCAGUCAAACAGCUCUCUCCUAUCCAAGAUCUUCAAUAUCCAACAGUAGGGCUUGUCCUCUGGAAUGUCAGAUUUGCUGCUGACCCUGGUUUAGCUGCUGCCUGCUGGGUUUUUAUAAGCCAAGCAGACUCAGUCUAUUCUUGAACCUACCAAAGCAGGCAGGGGAAGUUCAUUCUUUGAUGUCAGGUGCACGGCACAUUUUAUACAUAUGCUGUGGUUGUAAAACUUGUUGAUCUUUCUGCUGUGCGGAGCCUCUUUUUAGGAAGCUGUCCAGCUUUGCCUGAGCAGCAUGAAAGCUUUCCCCUGUGGGGAUUUGGCAAAGGUUUGCUCUUUUGGUUGUUCUCUUGGCGGCUGAGAUUGGCACUGGCCGUCCCACCUUUCCAAGUCCCGAAUCAAGUUCAGAAGUUGAUCCAGCGGAAUAGUGUACUGUUCUAGAUCGGAUGCUGCUGUGGGGGAGGGGAGCUGAAACUAGCUGGAAUCCAGUUGCUAACAGGAACCUUGAUCUUCAUUUAGAAAUUGGGGGGAGGGGAGGGGAGGAACAGUGCCUUUGUGGACAUAUCAGUUCUCUGCCACUGAUCAUCCAAGGUACUUUGGAAUGAGAAGCGCCAAACGGGAGAUUCUAUGUGUUUUGAUGACAUUAAGGUGAUAAUACUGUUAAGUCAACAUGCAGCUGAUAUUUGAAACAAACAUCUGGGGCUAGAACAGCAAUAAUCACACAGACCCCAUGAAAAUGUUAUUUUUCCAAAAAGUAUUGAAUUUCAUAUAUUGGCCAAAAAAUGUGGUCUGUUACUACUGGAAUUAUUUCAAUUUUUUAUUGUUUUUAUUUUGCAUUUCACCAUGUUUCAACAAUAGAAAUUAAGCCUAAGCAGACUCCACCUACAUUAGGAAUUAUUUCCAUUUUUAAUGUGUGAGAGAGAAAGCAGGUACCAUCUGGUAAAUAAAAAAAUCAUUUUGUGAAGCACUGGUUAUGCCUGUUCUUCAACAGCAGUGUGUGGACAUCAAGUGGGAAGAGUUCUAAAGUAGUACAGUAUCAGAUUCCCUGUUUAGGUAAAAGAACAGUUGGAUUAUUGUAGCUCUGGUUUGAAACACUCAGCAUUUCUCUGGUAAGCCAUACACUAUAUGUUACAUACAGCUUCAUUAUGCAGGAAAAGCCUGAAACAGAAUAGAGUUUUGAUGGUCCACAAUCUCAGUUGAGGCCUUGGAAUUGUGUCUGGUACUUGGAGCCCAGAAAUCCUGAUGAAAGCUUCCACGUUUCCAUCCAAAUGUCUUUUCUCUGCUGGAAUAUGAUUGAUGUGUUUUAGUUCUGCAAUAUGGGUUCUGAAUCUUACCCUCCAGAGGAGGAGGAAGACAUGGAAAGGCAUAGAAACAAGCUGGUAUAAUGAUUAACAUUGAGUUUACAUUCUCAGCCUUUUCUGCCUCUAAGUGAAAGAUGGAGAGGUUCCUGCUGUAUUGAUGUGAGAAGGCAGACAUAAAAAUAAAAGCAAUUUGACAAGCUC